AUAGCCACAGCAUAAGACGCCCGGCCAUUCGUAGACGCGUGAGCAGUGGGUAGACCGCAUGGUUGGGGGCAAUGCUGCAGAUGUGACGUCCAGUCCCUUCACGUCUCAGAUAUUCGUUCAGCCAAUCAGGCCGGCCCCUCCGAUUCCGCGCCCGUACUAUUCUGUCCAAGUCGGGGAACAAGUUAUUGUGAAGGCCGUACAUAAAAGUAAGCGCAACAGUGCGGAUGACAGGAUCAUCGAGCAGGUCUCUCCCACUGCCGUCGAACAUGCCGCAUACCUUCUGAAUAGAGUCGCACAUAUGCUCGAUCGUGUCCUGGUCCAUGGUGCGCCAAUCCUCUUUGAAGGCCUGGAAGAAGUGGCUAGCAAGAUCGAACUGAACAUCCGUGCGCGUUCCGAUGUACUGCAACGAUAUGUAGAAGUUGAUGAUGAGGCUGAGGCGGCCGAUCUUGGUAGGAAGAUGAACGACAUGACGGCCUUCGUGCACGAGGUGUUGUCUUCAUAUGCCAACGAGAAGUGUUAUGGAUCUUGCGUCGUAUUCGCCGACCUUUAG